AUGAAAUUCUUCCUUUCUCGGCGUUGGAAGCCAAACAAAUGGCCUUUCUACGGCCUGAUAGCCCUUGAGAUCCCAUUGACCAUCGCUCUUCUGGCAUUAUUCGGCAUUGCCUCUCCGGACACCUAUCGAACGAGAUUGUGGCAGGACGGUGCAGACAAUGGCUUCAACUCGAGCCCAUUGACGGGACUAUACGCAGCAGCCAACUAUCGACCCUAUACCACUCCCAAGGUCUGGUCGCAAUUCAUAACCGAUUACAAUGUCGCAAUCACCGUCCUAUCCAUGUUCAUCAUGCUGGUCAAGUCGAUCAUGUACAUGCUCCACGUUUUCCCACCGGUCCUCUCUGCCUUCGUUCACACCGGCCUUCUCAUCCUAUACGCCGUCUCGGUUGACUACCAAGCCAGCAGUGACACCACCGACCCGGAGCACCCUCAACACGGAGCACCCUGGUACAUCACCAAAUCCUGCAGCGUGGCUCAUAACAAGAACAACAUCGGGUACUGCAGACAGGCGAAAGCCAGUUUUGCAUGCACAUGCGCCAUGCUGGGCGUUUUUGUCACCUAUUUCGGGUUCGCCGUAUACUCGUGUUUUCCCAGCAAGCAACAACGCGAGGAAUAUGCCGAGAAGCAACGGCUCAAGGCAGAGCGCUGGGCGAAAUUUGAGACCUACCAGGACGAUGAGACGGGCGAGACCACGGUACAAAAAUACCCCGUGCCGGAUACACCAGGUUUUGCGAAUGGUCGACUGAACCCCAUGACCCCGCGCACACUUGCCUUCAACACGCUGGGCGGAACGAAGGACCUCCCGCUGCGGAACCACUUCAGCUCGCCAAACGUCCAGCCGACUACAUCUCCAUCUCCCUCCUUCGCCAUUCGAAGUCCUGAUUUGCCGAGAAGCCCAAUGAGCCUGGGAUUCGUUCAGCGAGUGGGCACCGGCUCUGAGAAGGCGAAUGGCAAAUCUCCCGAAAUUGGCUUAAGUCUGGACACAUCAGCUACACCGCAGCUUUAUUUCCCUCCUCCACCAAAGAUAUCGAAGAAGUGA